CCAAACGUGUAAAACAAACUCAUGUUAACAAUUAACACUGCACACAAUGAAAAUAGGAAAUAGGCAAGAAAACAGCGCGCUGUUUUCUCCAUAUUUAGAUGGCAUCAAGUUUAUUGAUGAAUGAACUUAACAUUUUUAAAGCUAGAUAAACGGUGAUUUUUCCUGAAAGUGGCUAGCUGGCUCAAACGAGCCUCGUAAAUCCUCGAAUGAAUUGUCUGCAUGCUCCGCUACUUCACUCAAAUUGUCCGCAAGCUGCAGAUGUUCUUCGCCACCCAGCACUGCAGGUGCAGUUAAUGCCGGAGAUGCUGAUAGUAGUUCUGGCUAGAUAUCCAUAUUUAUGCUUGUUUCUUUUCCUCACAUAGAGUUUUUUUUUUCUGCUUACCUCCCAGAUUUCGCUCUAGUGCUGCCGCGUGAGGUGUUGGAUUCAUUGGAUCCCGCAGUCUGACCGGGCUGUGCGGUGCGUCUCCAAGAGCAUCAUCAAAAAUAUCUUUAGUGGAUAUAUAUGACGAACAGUUCCGUGUGAUGCCGCAUCAUGUUGACAUAACUCUGCUGAAGAACUGAAAUUAAUGAAAUGACCGCAGAGGAACGAUGAUAUGACUUAACUCUUUGAUGUGAAGGGAAGCAGGAAAGGGUUUUAUAGCUGCAUAUACCGCCGAGGAAACGGGAACGAGGCUUUAAACACGUUUCUUGUCGCUGAGUUUCUUGCUGAAGUUGGCUUUUCUCAACAGUGGAACAAUGAAUUGGAAUGGAUAUUCUUAGAAGUAUUCCUUAGAGAUGAAUGAAAGAUGUUUUAACCUUUCCUCUUUAUGAAUCUUUUUCGUGAGUCUGGAAAGGUGGAGCGUUCAGGAAAAGCUAAUGACGGACCUAUUAAUCCAUCAAAAGCACCAGAGGGGUUUGGAAACGUUUGGAUGGAAAUGUUUGCACCUUUUUCUGGUUUUAUACGGAACUACUAAUGCUUAGUUGUGGAUGUCUGCUGGAAUCACCAUUGUAUUUAUUGAUAUAGAGAAAUGAAUGCAGGGCUGUUGACACAAUCGCUGUGAAUUUAGCUUUUUUUUUUUUUUCUCCCCCGCAAAUAUCCAUAUUUUCUUCUGAAAGUAUUCCGAUCUAAAUGGAAUUAGUUGAGAAAGCCCUUUGUGAAAGGAAUAGACAUGGUACAUGGGAACAGGUUCCUUCACGUUGUUGCAGGUCUUCUCAUGCUUGGGUUGUCUGGGGCAACAAAGAAGGAAACAGUGAAAAACAAUUCAGGAGUGCAGCCAGCAGGACAGUGUGGAACCUGGGUAAAAGAACCAGAGGGUGGCCUCUUCACCUCACCAAAUUACCCAAACAAAUAUCCUCCAGAGCGAGAAUGCAUAUACAUCAUUGAAGCUCCCCCGAGACAAUGCAUUGAUCUUUUCUUUGAUGAAAAGUAUUCAAUCGAGCCUUCAUGGGAAUGUAAAUUUGACCAUAUUGAAGUCCGAGAUGGGCCCUUUGGCUUUUCUCCAAUAAUUGGACGCUACUGCGGCCAACAGAACCCUCCAUAUAUCAGAUCGAGCGGCCGUUACCUAUGGAUAAAAUUUGUUGCGGAUGGCGAAUUGGAAGCGAUGGGAUUUUCUGCAAGCUACAAUUUCACAGCAGAUCCUGACUUUAAAGACAUAGGAGUCCCCAAACCUCUUCCCUUUUGUGAAUUUGAGAUGGGAGGACCGGAAGGCAUCAUUGAAUCACAGCAGAUCACCAAAGACGGCAAAGCCUUGCAGACCGAGGCAGUGGACUGCAAGUGGUACAUCCGUGCCCCUCCUCGCUCCAAGAUCUACUUGCGUAUCCUAGACUACGAGAUGCAGAACUCCAAUGAGUGUAAACGUAAUUUUGUGGCAGUGUACGACGGCAGCAGCUCGGUGGAAGACCUGAGGAAUAAAUUCUGCAGCACGGUGGCCAACGACAUCAUGCUGGUGUCCGCGCUGGGCGUGGUCCGCAUGUGGGCCGACGAGGGCAGCCGAAAGAGCCGCUUCCGGAUACUCUUCACUACUUUCCAAGAGCCUCCCUGUGAGGCAGAUACUUUCUUUUGCCACAGUAACAUGUGUAUCAACAACACACUGGUGUGCAACGGAGUCCAGAACUGCGUCUACCCUUGGGACGAAAACCACUGCAAAGAAAAGCGGAAAGCCAACAUCCUGGACAACCUCAACAACACCAACGGCACCAUCAUCGGCGUAACCUGCUGCAUUGUACUGAUCCUACUCGUCAUAUCGGUGAUCGUCCAAAUCAAGCAGCCGCGGAAGAAGUACAUCCUGAGGCGGGAGGACUAUGACCCCACCAUGUUCCAGGAGGUGUUCCAGGAGCCGCCGCAUUACGAGCUCUGCACCCUCCGCAGCGGGGCAGCCACCUCCGCGGACCUGGCCGAGCUGGCCGAGGACUUUGAGAGCUACCACAAGCUCCGGUGCGCCUCCUCGCGCUGCGUCCAUGAGCAUCACUGCGGCUCCUCGCAGCUGUCCAGCAACAAGGGCAGCCGCACCAACCUGAGCGCCCGUGAGGCGACGGCCGCCAUCCUGACAGACCUCCCACCGCAGCCCAUGCGGACGCUUCCUCCCCAAACCAACCGCAGGAACAUUCUGGUAAUGAGACACACCUAUUCACAAGAAGCCGCGGAUGCCUGUGACCUGGACGAUGACCUGGAGGAAGUGCCCACCACCAGCCACAGGCUGUCCAGACACGAGAAAGCAGUGCAGCGGUUCUGCCUCAUUGGGUCUCUAAACAAACAUGAAUCUGAGUACAACACAACUAGGGUGUAACAGACAAUCCGAAGACUUCUUGAAAAUAGUGCAAUCCUGGAUCAGUACGAAUGGGCUUCAAUGAAAUAUGAAAAUGUGGACUGGAGAUAUACACCAGCAUGAUAAUAACAUGGACAUUUCAAAGCUAAAUUUAUCAAAACAUCUUGCAGAUGUAAAGGAGGACGUGGAUUCGGUAACAAAGGAAGUGACCGUGAUGAAAUCGCUUUAACGUGUAGUUCCUUAUUUAGGCACAGUGCCUUUUUUAAGGUUACUUAUUUAGGAUUCCAGAACAUUACAUGGAAGUUUGUUGAUUUAUGUGUAUAGAGGUGAAUUGCAUGCAUUUUAUUGCCCUGCUUUGCCACCAAAAGUUGUCGUUUUGACUUUUAGCAAAAGCUCUCUAUCCACAUAUUUGUCAGUCACUUUAAUGUUAUGAUUUGCAUACAUGUUUUUUUCUCACUUUUAAAGUGAGGGACUGUGCAUUUAGGUACAGCAUCAAACCCAAGUCUAAUUUAUUGUAAAUAGGUUUAAAGUUAUUAAUAUAUAUUUUAUUAAUAUAUAUUUAUUAUUUUAUAUAUAUAUACACAGUUCAUCUGGAUUGAGUCUGUCUCAGUUUGUUCUGUUUCUUCAUGUUAUUCCAGACAGACUGAAUGAUGGUGAGAUCAGAUCUCUGUGUGGAGCACUGGCUGUUGUCAGACUCCUUGUGCACACAAAAAUCUCACUAGAUUAUUACAUUUAAUAGCAAAAAUAAUGUUUGGAAAUUUAAACUGAUAUUUCCUACUGACACACUCCAGCGAAACAUAGAAAAAACUGACUUAAAACCAUUUUUUGUUGGUGAAAAUACUAGUGGCCUAAGACUUGCAUAUAAUAAAUGUAUAUAAUAAAUGGAAUGACAUUAAGCCCUUUUCCUCCCCUAGUUUACGAUCUGCAUGCUAAUCCUAUUCAAUAACAUAAUUCAAUAUGAAAUCUAUGAAUUAAAUUAAAAUAAUUAGGAAUAUUCCUUUACAUAAAUAAUUUUUGAAAUACUGUAAACUCUUUCAGAUGAUUUUGUUUAGGAAAUAUGCAGUAAGUUAACAGUUGCUAUUUUAGUAGCACACAGCACACUUUGUAUGUUAAUGGUGUUCAAACUUUUGUAGAUGAUUUGUUCGACAGCUGAAUCACCAAUACAAGCAGAGUUUAUGAUAUGACAUUAAUUAUAAAUCUUAUGUUUGCUUUUCAUGCUUUUGUGUGAUCCAUUAACCUGCGGUGAAUAUCAGAUGUGAUAUCAACAGAAUGUUAUAAAACCUCAAAUACAAGACAUGAAAACACCUCUCUCUCACACACAAACACACACACACACACAAACACAGAUACACAAUAUAUGUCAAAUGUCCCUGUUUUAUCAAGCUACAUUUUUAAACUAAAGUUACCAUACUAAUUCAAAUGAAUUGUCAGUGUUUUUGCCCAUUGUCUUGACAUUUUUGUUUUAGAAUCGAAACUAUAACAACAAGUAAAAAAUAAAUGCUUUUAAUUAAUGAGUGAAUUUACAUUAUGGGUGAAUUUACGCUUUCUUGUUAU